AUGUGUGACAUUACGGUAAGUUUAUAGAUCCGUCGGAGUCUUGGUUGUUUGCAAACCCAAAGAGCACUGCAAUGUAAAUUUAUCAAGAGAAUAAUCGGACAGGAUACCGAAAAUAGCGCAGCAGAGACGCUGAAAGCCUCAGAAGCUUCUUUCAACUACACAGCUUCCUGAACUUCUCCAGGCUCAGUAGUGCUGGAGCCUCAAACGUAUUUCAUCCUCUUCCUCAUCGAUUGCGACUUCGAACUCCUCUCUCCCUCUGCUGAGGGAGCACCUGCCGUCUGUACUUCUGCUGUCCAGUACACCAAAGCAGGUGACUUCAGCACACAGACUGAAAGACAGUCCUUUUACACUCACAGACUGUUGGAAUGGCUGCUAAACCUCAUCCACCUCUGAUGAAGAAACACAGUCAGACCGAUCUGGUGAGCCGACUCAAGACGCGCAAGAUCCUGGGUGUCGGUGGAGAGGAUGAUGAUGGAGAAGUGCAUAGGUCAAAGAUCAGUCAGAUGCUGGGGAAUGAGAUCAAGUUUGCGGUUCGAGAGCCUGUGGGAUUGAGGUUGUGGAUCCUCUUCUCCGCCGUGGUUUUCACAGUCAUGGCCCUGAUGGCCCUAGCCUUCCCUAACCAGCUGUAUGAAGUUGUAUUUGACCAAGAACAAACAGCCACCAGUGUCUCUAUACGUCUCUAUGGAGGAGCCAUUCUCAGUCUGUCUCUGAUCAUGUGGAAUGGCUUGUACACUGCUGAGAAGGUUAUCAUCCAGUGGACGUUACUUAGUGAGGCCUGCUACUUUGCCAUCCAGUUUUUAGUGACCUCCGUCACUUUGGUGGAACUGGGCUCCCUACCAAAUGCUGCCAUCCUCCUCCUCCUCAGUCGCAUAUUCUUCCUAACUGUCACGCUGUCCUACUACUACCAUCUGGGACGCCGGCCCAAGAAGAUCUGAGAGCCCCGCAAGCACCGUUACAACACACCUGGUGCUUCGGGAGUUGAGUGACGACCACUGGGCUGAAGUUUCCAUCAGAAGCUUUGAACAGUGACGCAACCAAACAACAUCAACCUGUUCACCUGGCAUUGAGCCUUACCGCAAGGACGACAUUUUAAUUUUGGCUUACGAACAGGAGUUUGCCUUUACAGAGCAACUCCAUCUCUUUUUGUUUUCUUUUCUUUUUUAAAGGGAAAUACUAAUAAUGUGGUCAAAUGAAUUCCAGAUAGUGCAGUCACAGUGUAGCCCUCCUCAUUCACCGUUUUUCAUGUAAAGUAUUGGACACCGUAGCCGAGUUUGGACCGCUGGCGUAACUGUCUGUAGCUAUGGUAUCAACAAAACUGUAAAUCAUUUCGUGUAAUAAUGCCAACGAGCUCCUAGUCAUCUAGUCAUGUGACGUGCUUAAGGGUGGCUAGUAAACACUAGAAUGUGUGUUUUUUACAUGCAGGUCAUUCGGCAUUUGAGCAUUGGUCCUGGUUGGUGUAUUUGUAUCACUGCUGUAUCACUAAACUAGGAACAACCUGCUCUAUAUCGAAUGGGAAUGGUUAUGAAAAGUUAUUCUUUAUGGAUGACAGACACAACAGGUUCAUUUGUUUGGUGAGUCGGCUAGUUAGCGCAUGGACUGGUUCAGGAACUUUGAACUAAUUAUUCACAUUUCAGAUAUUUUAGUCAAGAUGUGUAUUGUUUUCAUCAAGAUGUCAGCGAAUAUAAACAAGAAACCUUUUUUGUUUAGUAAUGCCACAUGGUUGUGUAGCACAAUGACGUUUCAUUCAUUUUAACAAGUAAUGUAGCAGUAUUUUCCCUCAUUUUUCCCUCAAAUUGCCUUAAAACUGCACAAGCGUUCCACAUGUCAGCACACUGCCAGGUGUUUGUAUUCUCCAAAUGAUCUGUAUAUAUUUUUGUUGAUUUGCAAUUCUCCAGUUGCUUAUUUAUUGGCCUGCCCAUAAGCUAAUUUGAUUUUUUUAAAGGUUUGAAGUAUAACUUGCAUGUUUAUUGUCUGAGUUGUUCAGCCCAGAAAUUAUUUUGUAUGCCCUUGAUAACGAGUCGUCUAAUGCCGAGACAAACUGCAAAAUCAAAACGAGCCGUGAGUAUGUAGUUACACGUUUGCUUGUGUGUAUUUGCUAUUAUUUUCCAAAGUGUCCAUUUGUACAACUCCCAUUAAAAGCAUAUUAGAAUUGGAAGCGUUUACUAGCUUUAAUAGCGUAACUUGAAUAUUAGAUUUUGGGGAAAUUGUUGAUUUGGCUGUUAGCAAGAACCUACACGGUAAAUAUCUGUUGUCAAACUUUGCGUAUGACGCUACCGUGCUGUUGGUUGUUUUCAUAUAUGGUAGAAAAAACGUGUGUUUAUGUACAGUUAUGUGGACAAAAGUAGCAGUUACUCUUUGCAGGGUUUAAUUAGGUUUCGCAUUUAACCCGGCCCAGCUCCAAUAUACAUCGCUCAAGUACGUUCAAAGGACCAGCCUUGUAAAGGCUCAUGUUUCUUUCACAAGCUAUUUUGAUUUCGUUUCUUUGUUGUCUUUACAUGGGAACAGGUUCAUAGUUCAUAUCUGAGUACAAACGUUUUCUACUCGCUGUCCUGUAGAUAUUUUUCUUUGAAAGAACCAAAUCAGUUCUAACUAGUAAUUCCGAACAGGCACGGCUGUUACUGUAUGUUCUGUUCCUCUUAUUAAAAAGCGAGCUUUCGUCCCUCUUAACACUCGCCCAGCUAAAUAUGAUGAUGGCAAAUGCCAAACAUGAAUCAUUUGUUAUUCACGUCUCCUGAUGAGAAUUGUGUUGCCAUGCAAUUAGAAAUAAUAUCCAGUUAUCUAGUGGCUUCAGCUGUCUGCCAAUGGUAUACAUAAUGCCUCUGAAGGGAUGUUAAUGUACUUUUUAAGUGUGUGUGUAAAUAUUUUAUUGAGAGAUGUUAUUGUUAUGGACCUGCAUCGAUAUCUUUUUGGAAUAAAGAAAAUGUACAUUUAUUGCAACUGUCA